AUACAAUUUUACAAAUAUUGAUAAAGAAUUUUAAUUAUGGCUUUCUAUAAUGAAAAUAUUGGGAACCGCAUAUUGGAAUUGUUGAGUUUCCCCCUAUUUGAUCGUUGCCAUGAGUUAAAUAUACUGUUCGAGCGGUGUAAUCUGCGAGAACUGCAGGAACUUUUUCCCACCAUUGUGAAAUCAGUCUUUGGCAUUGGCGCCGGUGGCUUGGGAUGGGGUCUGCGAACAACAACCAAAGAAAAUUCCGCACCAUGUUUUGAUAUCCUGUACAAUUUCUUUGCACCCAUGGGACCAAUGUUACGUUUAUGUUAUAAUUUACUAAAUGAUCAAAUCAAGUUUGAAUUGUCUUUGGAACAUUUACCGCACAAAAUGGUGGAGUUAAUACACUCGGGCCAGUAUUCCAUGUUCUAUGCGGAUUUGGUUAAUAUAGAUCCAUUCCGUAGACAGGUCACUUCGUUGAGUUUAAAUGCCUUCGAUUAUUAUAUGUUGCAUUUUGUCAUACAUGCCACAUUUCCUUUGCACAAAAUGUAUCCGGCUGCACUGCAAGUACACAAUGAACGCAUGAAGACUGUGUAUUUUUUCCUGACAGCCGAAUACCUUUGCAAUUUCCUACCCAGUCGACCAGAUGCCAUGGUUAUGCCAAGUAAUAUUUGCUCGAGCGUUAAGGCGCCACAACCAAUGCCGGUGCAACAGCUACAACCAAAACGUUCACCGAAAUAUUUGAAAAUACCCCAAACGAAUCAGUCGUUAUAUGGUUCGGGAUCGAAUAAUAUGUCACAGAUAAAUCAACGUAGUGGCACUGAAACAUCGCCGAGGGCACAUGCUUGGCGUACCGAAUCGGUUUUGCAUUUCUUUAUUGAUACAUGGUUGAGAUAUGAUGUGGAUGAGGCAAGGGAUCUUCCAAGCAGUGAAUUUAUACGUGUUGUCCGUAUACUCAUAAAACAGACGCACUCCUUUGCGAAUUCCGCCAACUUGGAUCAAACUGCAAUGUCGACGUUACGUAAAAUUGCCCAACCAAUGAUGAAGCCACGCAUAUAUCCAUUUAUCAAGAGUAUAAUUGGUAGAUGGCCAUUGGAUAGUUCUAUGUCCGUGGUCUUGGAAUUAUGGCUUAGCUAUAUUCAGCCAUGGCGUUAUACAUUUGAAUGGCAAAAUAAUAGUGGAGCAAAUAUUGAGGUACCCAUUAACAGUCGGUUUGAUUCAUUCAUAGCCGAUAACUUAGUUAUAUAUACACAAAUAUUUGUGCACAUAUUACCUAGAUUUGAGAGAUUGGAUUUUACAUCACUGCGUAAUGUAAUUAUGUUACAUCGUUUAGUAAAGGUCUUCAGUCAAUCGACAUUGCCACAAAAACUCUAUAAUGCUGAAAAAGCAUAUGCAGGCAAUUCAAUUGGUUUUGUUGAUUCCCCCCGAAAACACAGUACUUUCCUAAGGUUGGUUUCUGUUGAAUGGGAUGGUAGUUUUUACCAUGAAGAUGUCUAUACACCCAUGUUCGGCACUGCUAUCAAAUGUGAAAUCGAACAAUUCAUAAAGACUGUACACAUAUCACGGAUGUAUGUGGGCCAAGAGAUUAGUGCAAUACGACGCGAACAAAUGGAACGUCGUAAAUCGUUGGGUUUCUUUAGGAAACUAUUCAGCAGUGUAUUUAGCGAUAUGAACCCAUCGGAAUUGAAAUUACAAGAGAUUAGUAAAAUACCUGACAUACUUGACUUAGCAGUUCGCUCAUUAAGUCAAAUGUUUAAUGUUGAACUGCCCAAUAUAUCAAUGGAACAAUUGGAACCGGUGGUGGGACAAAGUUUCUCAAAGAGCCUAAAUUUCUCAAUAUAUGAUAACAGUGACUAUUUGGAUAUUUCACGGUUAUCGCCACGACAAAUGAUGAAUAAUUUGGCCCAUAUGAAUUCUUCUAUAGAUCCCACAACAGUACCCAUACAAACACAUGAAUGUACGGUACUGGUGAGAUUAUUACAUCAAGUUUCCUGUGUGUUAAAUGACAAGUUUGGCGACCAAUUUAACAAAUAUUGGAGUCGCCCAGACUUUCUGGGUAAACUAUCACAUCAAUUGUUAUACCCUCCCAUGACUGCACAAUGGUUCGAAAAACCCAGAGGUGUUAGUGAACUAUGUGAAGAAGAUAUACCAGCCCGUUUAUGUUUACGGGUUUUAGGCUCCUAUCGUACCUUGGCACUUAUAGCUCUAACAAUGCUGAUCGGUUAUAUAUUUUGGGGCUCAGCCUCUUAUGGUGUUGUUGCAUUAUUUUUCAUUUCAGUCAUUUAUAUUUUCAUAAUGGCUCUCAUAUCAUAGUAAUAUCAUUUUUAUUAUUGUAAUUGGACGAUAUUUAAUAAA